ACGUUAACGGUUUUCAUCAGGGUGCGCGCGCGUCUUGGCAACGGAAGUUGAACAUUGUUGUUGCUGCUAAGAACUUCCUUGGCCGAAGCUAGCUAACAUUAACCAGCUGAAUCCAAAAUGUCGUCCUGUUGCGUCUAUGGCUGUAAAAAUCGACAGUCCUCAACCAGCCAAUUGAAAUUUUACAGAAUACCGUCUGGAUCUCGACCGUUUCAGGCCAACCGGAGACGUUUGUGGUUACAGGCAAUCCAACAAGCAAACGGCAGCACCGAGGAGCUCAAAGGAAAUGCUCGUAUUUGUGGCGCUCAUUUUAAGUCACAAGAAGCUUCCAUGGACCACGACAGUCCAGACUUUGUGCCCUCUGUGUUUACAUACGCUAAACAGACCCCCAAGAAAAAAGUGAAAAGUUUUGUUCAAAGGUUUUACAGUCGUAGAAAAAGACGACGGCGUGCAGACAAAACAGCUGAAACCAAAGAAAAAACAAGUCCACCCAGAGUGGAUUCUCCUGUGGACCUCCAGUCCUCUGUUGUGAUGGGGGAAAUGCAGACACCACCAGGGCCAACGGAAGGAGAAAUAUUAACUACAGAGGCUGAGACCGACAGUGAAACCACAACAAUCAAAUCACACAUAACAUCCAGCACAAACAAGACAUCACCGUCAUUUAAAGUUCCGCCGGGCUUCCAAAAUCUAGACAAAAGGAGUCCCAUUUUGUGCCUAAAACAUGUAUUUGUACCAGCAGGUGGGUACCAGUGUGAGCAGUGCAGUCAGUUUUAUCCCAGUGUAUCACAGCUUAUGAAACACAAACGGCAGCAUGAAGAAGAAGAAGAAGAAGAAAGCUCCUUUAUCUGUGAAGUCUGUGAAAAGCAUUUUAAAAGUCAGGCAGAUUUUACUGAGCACCAGUGUGUCCUCGAGCCGUCCUUUCAAUGCAACAUGUGUGAUCGAUCUUUCACUACGAGCCAUAACCUCAAGCGUCAUAAACUGUUGCAUGUCAAAGAUGGCAGGAAGUGCGCCAAGUGUGGCGUACUGUUCUGCCAGCGCCAUAGCCACAUCGUAUUCCUUCCGUUGGCUGACUCUAUAACCGAGUAUGAAGAAGAUUCCACCCCCAGCGACAGUCACUUGAUGCCAGAAAGCCAUGUGCCGGAGAAGCCUGAGCCAAGCCAGACUGCCGACCUCAUCUCUAUACCGUUGUUUCUGAAACCGUCUUCUGUGUCACAUCUACCUCCGCCAGUUCCCAGGUUCUCAAGGAACCUGCACAGCUAUCCUGCAAACUACUCGUCCCUUCCUCCCAAACAUCCAGAACUACCCCCCGCUCUAAAGCUCUUUUCACCACAGUACCUCACCUCAGCAUUACUUGAGGUUAAAAGAAAUUAUGAAUAUAUUUUAAGCAAACCAAGUGAUUGUGAGAAGAAGAAUGUUGUAAAGGAGGAACCAUCGUCUGAUGAGCGUUGAGCAUGUGAAAAAGGAAAUAAUUGCU